AUGAGAACUUGGCAAACACUGCUCCGCCUCUUUCAAUCAUGUAAAGAUGGCAAAUCGCUAGCCUCAUUGCACUCCAUCGUCCUAAAAACCGGUCUGAUUUCCGAUGUCUUCUGGGCGGCAAAACUCAACCAUCUUUACCGCCUUUACGUGCCUCUCACCACAGUUCGCAGACUGUUUGACGAAACGCCCCAGCGAACUACGUACACCUGGAACUCCAUGCUCAAUUGCUACUGUGCGGACAAACAAUAUCAGGAAACGCUAUCCCUCUUUUUCCACAUGUUGUCCUUCGAAAAGCCUGACUACUUUACUGUGGCCAUUGCACUAAAGGCAUGUUCCGCCUUGAGAGCUCUUGAUUUUGGAAAAAAGAUUCAUGGCUUCAUAAAGAAGAACGAGUCUAUUGACUCUAACUUAUUCGUUGGAUCUAGGCUUAUUGAGUUCUAUUCAAAAUGUGGAAAUCUCGAUGACGCUUCACAUGUUUUAGGGGACUAUGAUAUCCCUGAUGUUGUUUUGUGGACUACACUGGUUACUGGGUAUCAGCAGAAUGGCGAACCUGACGAGGCAUUGGACACUUUUUCUAGAAUGGUUAUGGUGGGAGGUCUUACUCCGGACCCAAUUGUGCUUGUUAGUGUUGUUACCGCAUGUGCUCAAUUGUUGGACUUGAAUGCUGGGAAAAGUGUACAUGGCUUUAUGAUUAGGAAGAAAUUUGGAGGCUUGUCUCUGCUCAAUGCUCUGUUGCAUUUUUAUGCAAAGUCCGGAUCUGUUAAAGCUGGAGCUAAUUUGUUUUCAGUAAUGGAAGAGAAGGAUGUGAUUUCAUGGGGUUCUAUGAUUUCGUGUUAUGCUUAUAAUGGAUAUGCACGUCACGCUUUAGAACUUUUUGAUGAGAUGAUGGUUAGAGGCGUUGAACCUAAUUCAGUUGUUGUCAUUAGCGCUUUGCAAGCUUGUGAAGCUGCUCAUGACGUGGAGCUGGGCAAGAAGUUACAUAAACUUGCUGUGCACCAAGGGUUUGAGUUGGAUGUCAUGGUGGCUACAGCUCUAAUCGAUAUGUACAUGAGUUGCGCUUCCCCCGAUGAUGCUGUUGAGCUGUUUGGAAGGAUGGUUGAAAAGGAUGCUUUUUCUUGGUCUGCUAUCUUAUGUGGGUGUGUGCAAAAUGGGCUUGCCUGUCAGUCAAUGGGACUGUUCAAGGACAUGCUUUGUACUCAAAUCCAACCAGAUGCUGUUAUCAUGGUGAAAAUUCUCACAGCUUGUGCAGAAUUAGGAAUUCUUCAACAAGCUUGUUGUCUACAUGGAUACUUGAUCAGAGGUGGCUUUGACAACAGCACUUUUGUUGGGGCUUCGCUCGUCGAAGCAUAUGCAAAAUGCGGUAGCUUGGGUGAUGCUAUCAAGGUUUUUGAAAGGAUGAAAGAAAAAGAUGUUGUUAUUUGGAGCUCUAUGUUUGCUGGUUAUGGAUUUCAUGGGCAAGGGAGGGAAUUAUUAGAAUUGUUUUAUGAGAUGAUUAAUAGUUCAACAGUUAGCCCAAACAAUGUGACUUUUCUUUCAAUUUUAUCCGCAUGUAGUCAUGCAGGUCUAGUUGAAGAAGCAACUAAGUUAUUUAACAUGAUGAUCAAUGACUACCAAUUGAUACCUGAAUCGAAGCAUUAUGGGAUAAUGGUUGAUCUGCUUGGCCGGAAUGGAGAUUUGAACCAUGCCAUGGACAUUAUCAACCAAAUGCCCUUACCAGUCCAUCCUGAUGUAUGGGGGGCUUUACUUGGUGCCUCACGGAUUCAUCAGAACAUGGAGAUGGCUGAAGUUGCUGCCAGGAAUGUCUUUCACUUGGACCCCAAUCAUGCUGGUUAUUACAUUCUAUUAUCUCAUAUGUAUGCUGUCGAUGGAAAGUGGGACAAUGCAGCUAGAGUUCGAACUUUUGUGAAGGAAAAACAAUUCAAGAAGGUAUCAGGUCAAAGUAUUAUUGAACUCAGGGACGAGACCUGCAGUUUUGUAGCUAAUGACAGAUAUCACCCAAAUUCUGAACAGAUUUAUGAUGUGGUGUCAGUGAUACAUACUAAAAUGAGAGAAGAGGGUUACAAUCCGGACUUGGAUUUUCUGCAGCAUGAUAAGGAGGAUGGUUUCAUGUCCUGAAACACGGCCAUUGCUAGGUGAUAUGUACUCUGAAACACGGCCUGGAAGAAGGGCCGAGAUAUGAACUUGUGCUAACAACUUUUGAGUUUAAAUAGAUGAACUUCUGGAAAGCCUAUUUUCAAAGUGUAUGACCUUUCCUUGGAAGCUGAAAAUUCUUUCAGAAGCAUCCACCAGAUGAUGCCGACUGAUUGGGCGCUGGUGGCUGAAGGUAUGGUCCUUCUUACUGGUUCUAUUGGCGGUCACUCCAACCUGAUAUUACUGACGCUGACAGGUUAUAUGAUGGAAUGAUAUGGUUGUGCCUAAAACCUCAGGAAGUUUCGUAAACCAUGCCUUGUUAUACUGGAGGGUGGCAUGGUCUGGUUCAAGGCCCUCUUAUAACUGAAGAAAUGCCAACCUAUUUGCUUGGAGGGACGUGGAUUCCAUUUUUUGGCCUCUGCUGCGGCCAAGAUGUAUUAAAACCAUUUCCAUUGUGGAGGCUAGAGCUUGUUGCAGUAAGUUGAAGCGUAUUUAUUCAGCAAAUACUUGAAUCAUACUUACAGUAGAAAGUGCCCUCACAGAAGCAAUACACAACUAUUCCCUAACUGCACGCGACUUUGGUCGAAGCACAAAUUUGUUCUUCGGAAGAGGCGUGCAAAUAAAGCACCGUACCGUUAGUGGAUUUCUCGGUUUGCAGCAUCCCCUGGAACAAGCACAGCCACGUUAGAAGUGGCUAACAUAAUUUUUUUUUUGGGGGUAGAAAAGAGUAACGAGUUAAUCUGUGUUGGGUUCGUGCCGGGGUCUCAAAUGCCCAGGUGUUUUGCUUUACAAUAAUGUAAAUAAAUAGCUGAGUGGUGAUUCAGCUGUUUUUUUUUCCUCUUGUAUACAAAUGGUAAAUGAGGCCACAUCGUCUUGAUCAAAUGUAAGAAGCUAAUUGGACUUGAUACAGCACAGCAAGA